GGCUGCUGCCAUUGGUCGGCGGUGACGACAAUCCUGCGACGUGGUCCCGCCCACCGAGCGGAUCAAGUUUGAAUGAACAACAGCAGUCUGUUCUGGAGGUGCUAGUUGCAUUUGCAGUAAUUAUCAAAAGUGUGUAUCAUAUCACGGGCACGUCGAUCCAGGAUGGACAUGAAGAAAAGAAUUCAUCUAGAGUUGCGGAACCGCACUCCGUCAGACGUCAAAGAACUUGUGCUCGACAACUGUCGCUCAAAUGAAGGAAAGAUCGAGGGUCUAACAGAUGAAUUUGAGGAGCUGGAAUUUCUUAGCACAAUCAAUGUUGGACUGACGACGGUUGCCCACUUGCCGAAGCUAAAUAAACUCAAAAAGCUUGAACUCAGCGAUAACAGGAUCUCAGGAGGGUUGGAAGUUCUGGCAGCCAAAUGUCCCAACCUCACACAUCUCAACCUCAGUGGAAACAAAAUCAAAGACCUGAGCACAAUAGAACCAUUGAAAGAACUGGCCACCCUGAAAAGUUUAGAUCUGUUCAACUGUGAAGUGACAAAUCUGAACGAAUACAGAGACAACGUCUUCAAGCUACUACCACAGCUCACGUACCUGGACGGGUACGACAAAGACGACAAAGAGGCACCAGAUUCUGAUGCUGAGGUGUACGCAGAGGGCCUGGAUGAUGAUGAGGAGGAUGAAGAUGAUGUAGAUGAGGAGGAGUAUGAUGACGAUACAGCACCGGGAGAUGAAGAGGAAGAAGAAGGAGAGGAAGAUGAGGAGGAGAAUGAAGAAGAGGAGGACGACGACCUCAGUGGAGAGGAGGAAGAGGAGGAAGAUGUGAAUGACAAGGAGGUUGAUGAUGAGGAUGAUGAAGAAGAAGAGCGAGGUCAGAAGAGAAAAAGGGACCUUGAUGAAGAAGGAGAAGAAGAUGACGAUGAUUGAGACACCUCUUGAAGCUAAGUUGUGAACUGUUUUAAAACCUGUAUCUCCCAGUCACUUCCCAACAACCCAAUGUAUUCCCCCCAGUUUCAUAUUGCAGUAGGAGUGGUUUUUGUUAUUGGCCAGUCAGGUAGACAGGGUUGUCUGGAGAAAUAAGUUAAACCUCUGUAUCUUUGAUGCUCCUGUAUUCCAGUCUUUACAGUCCACUUUUAACUGCUUUGUGGACGCGGAUUUUGUAAUCUCAAAUAAUAGCAAAGAUAAACCUUUUUAAGAAGUUUUUUUUGUUUUCUCACCCUUUGUGUACGGCCAGUUUCUGAUGAAUUGUGUAUUUUAAGACUCCCCUUCAAAAGAAAAAAACAAAAUGAAACAAAAAAAGAGUGCAUGUCUAAAACAUUUUAAAGUCAAAUACUGGAUUUCAUGUAUGGCUGUUCUCUCCUCGUCUUAAUCUUAUUUUUUUGCAUCGUACUUAUUUUUUUAAAUGUAAGUUAUGUAUUUGUAGUGUCACCAGUAUGCCAAUACUCUCUGCUGUCCUGGUGUGAAACUUGUGUUUGAACAUGCACAGUGUGACCCUCACAGGGCAUAUUUUUAAAUCAUAGCAAAAAAAUGUCUGCCCUUGUCAAAGCUCCUCCUUCUCCUCAGACCCUCAGCUUUGAUAGUUCGGAAAUUACGUGUUCUUGUAAAUAAUGACCAAAUCUAUUUUUUUGUAUUCUCUUUGAUGACGGCAGACAUUGAACAGACAACCGAGGUGAAACUAUGAAUUGUAAUAAGAUAUUAAAUAUGUAUGCUGCUUUAUCUAAAAAUACGCAGUGUGAAAUUUCUGGAAUUUGAACACAACUUUGUAUGCAUAAUCUUUCCAUAAAGACAACUGUUCAAUGUCAGAACUCAUUAUCGCUUUCUCCAUGUUCAUUUAUGUGGCACACAGGUGGCAAUGUUUGAGUUUGUGAUGGUAGAGUAGAGAAGUGCUUGAUAUAAAUGGAGGUACAACAGAAGCUUAUGUGCAUUGAAAAUUUAUUGUUUCAAAGUGUAAACUCUGGUAAAAGUCAGUUAUUUGGACUUUGUUUUCACUAUUAUACCUAAUGGUCAAAUUGGCCUACCUCAGUGAUUUUUCACUUUAUGUUACAUCCACUGUCAUCAGCCAAAUUGUUUCUUUUUUUUCUCCUCCCAUUCACUUCAAUAAAUCCCUUUUAUAUAUGUUUGGAA